AUGCCCGAAUUCCCGCCGCGAGGAACGCGCCGAGGCAGCGGAUUCACCCCUCCCAUGAGCUACGGCAGGAGCCGGGAGCGGGGCCGGCGCCGGCGCUUGGUGUCCCUGCUGCAGAACCCAUCCCUGCUCUGCAGAGUAUGCUGCUUGGAGAUGAGCAGCAAAAGGAAGCUGAUCGGGCGCCUGGUGCCGUGCCGGUGUUUCCGCGGCGAGGAGGAGAUCGUCUCCGUGCUGGACUAUUCCCACUGUGGCCUGCAGCAGGUGCCAAAGGAGGUCUUCAACUUCGAGAGGACCCUGGAGGAGCUCUACCUCGAUGCCAACCAGAUUGAGGAGCUUCCCAAGCAACUGUUCAACUGCCAGGCCCUGCGGAAGCUGAGCAUCCCCGACAACGACCUCUCCAGCCUCCCCACGUCCAUCGCCAGCCUGGUCAACCUCCGGGAGCUCGACAUCAGCAAGAAUGGAAUCCAAGAUUUCCCAGAAAACAUUAAGUGUUGUAAGUGUUUAACAAUAAUCGAAGCCAGCGUCAACCCCGUGUCCAAGCUGCCAGAUGGCUUCACACAACUUCUAAAUUUGACCCAGCUCUAUCUAAACGAUGCCUUUUUGGAGUUUCUUCCAGCUAACUUUGGAAGACUUGUCAAAUUGCGAAUUUUGGAGUUAAGAGAAAACCACUUGAAAACUCUACCAAAGUCAAUGCACAAGCUGACUCAGCUGGAGAGGCUGGACCUGGGCAAUAAUGAGUUCUCUGAGCUGCCUGAGGUUCUUGAACAAAUCCAGAAUCUGAAGGAGUUGUGGAUGGACAAUAAUUCCUUGCAAGUGCUACCUGGGUCUAUAGGGAAGUUAAAACAGCUCGUGUACCUGGAUGUGUCCAAAAACAGGAUCGAGACGGUCGACCUGGACAUCUCGGGCUGUGAGGGGCUGGAGGAUCUCCUCCUCUCCUCCAACAUGCUGCAGCAGCUGCCAGAUUCCAUAGGAUUGUUGAAGAGACUGACAACCCUGAAAGUGGAUGACAACCAGCUCACCAUCCUGCCCAAUGCCAUUGGAAACCUGUCCCUGCUGGAGGAGUUUGACUGCAGCUGCAACGAGCUGGAGGCGCUGCCCUCCACCAUCGGGUACCUGCACAACCUGCGCACCCUGGCCGUGGAUGAGAACUUCCUCCCGGAGCUGCCCAGAGAAAUUGGGAGCUGUAAGAACGUGACUGUGAUGUCCCUGCGCUCCAACAAACUGGAAUUUCUGCCUGAUGAGAUUGGCCAGAUGCAGAAGCUGAGGGUGUUAAAUCUGAGUGACAACAGACUGAAGAAUUUGCCCUUCACUUUCACCAAACUCAAAGAGCUGGCAGCCUUGUGGCUUUCUGACAACCAGUCCAAGGCCCUGAUCCCGCUGCAGACGGAGGCGCACCCCGAGACCAAGCAGCGCGUGCUCACCAACUACAUGUUCCCGCAGCAGCCCCGCAGCGACGAAGAUUUCCAGUCAGACAGUGACAGUUUUAACCCCACGCUCUGGGAGGAGCAGAGGCAGCAGAGGAUGACAGUGGCCUUUGAGUUCGAGGACAAGAAGGAAGAGGAGGAGAACCCAGGGAAAGUCAAGGUGGAGAUCAACCUGAAGCGUUACCCCACGCCCUACCCCGAGGAUCUGAAGAACAUGGUGAAGUCAGUGCAGAACCUGGUGAGCAAACCCAGCCUGGGCGUGCGGCCCGAGAACGCCGCGCCCGCCGCCAGCACCGACCCCACGGGCAAGGACAAGUACGAGCACAAGUGGCCCCUGACCCCCAAGGAGAUCUCCGUGGAGGAUGCCUUUGGACAUCCUGGCAGCGAGAUGAGGAUAGGGGAGCUCCGUCCUUCCAUGCCUGAGACGCCGCUCUACCCCCCCAAACUCGUCCUGCUGGGUAAAGACAAGAAAGGUCUUAAUGCUCCUGGAGGUGGAGCUGCAGCUGUUGGUGUCCCAUUGUUGCUGUCCCAUCUCCCUCUGCCCUGGACCUCCAAAAAGGUUCUUGAAAAGCCAUAA